UCGGAGCGCGGCGGGACAGCGGCAGCGGCCCGGGCCGGGCCAUGGCCCCGCACCAGCCCAGCGCCGGGCAGUACCUGCGCUCCGACAGCGGCGGCUCCGAGGCUCCGAUGCUGCCGGACGGUGCCGGGGGCGGCCCCGGGGCCGGUGGGGCGCGGGGGUGGCGGUGCGGGCCGCUCUGGGGCAGCGUGGCCGUCAUGGCCAUCCUCGCCCUGCAGAUCGCUUCCACCACCGGCCUCUUCGUCUACUUCACCAUGGCCAUCUCUAAGCUCAAAGCCCAGGCACCGGGCAGUGCGGAGGAGCUGCGCUGUCUGCAGGUCAUCAACCAGCAGCAGGAGGGCUCCAGCCUGGAGGAGCUGAUCAGCAACCAGUCCUGCCUCAAGCUGGCCAACACCAUCAAAGCCUACGUGGCCACGGUGACAGAGAAGGUCAUCCACAGGAGCAGGGUGAAUGAAGCCCGGCAGAGCCACUUGAACACCUCGGAGGGGCAGGUUCCUCCCAAAACAGCUGGGAAGCCCUCGGCACAUCUCACCCUCCGCCCGCAGAGCCUGGCUCAGGACAGAAACCCCAGGCGCUUCGGGAACCUGUCUCAGUCGUGCCGCCACGCCAUCGUGCGCUGGGAGGACAGCACCAUCCACUCCCACCUGCAGAACCUCACCUACCGCGACGGCCGCCUGCGCAUCAACCAGCCCGGCAAGUACUACGUCUACUCCCAGAUCUACUUCCGCUACCCCAGCGACGGGGCUGGCGCCGGCGCCUCCGUCCCGCAGCUUGUGCAGUGCAUCAACUGGAAGACGUCCUACAGCCAACCCAUCCUCCUCCUCAAGGGGGUGGGCACCAAGUGCUGGGCGCCCGAGGCUGACUACGGGCUCCACGCUCUCUACCAGGGGGGACUGUUUGAGCUGAAGGCCGGCGAUGAGCUCUUUGUCUCUGUCUCCUCCUUGGCCAUCGACUACAACGACGCGGCCGCCAGCUACUUUGGGGCCUUCCGGCUCGACCUGUGACGGCCGCCUGCCCCCUUCCCGCUGCUCCUGCCCCUUGCCCGGCCCCGGGGCAGCUCCUGGGCUGGGGGUUGGCGCGGGCUCCUGCCCUGCGUGCGCUGGCCCUUGCUGGAGGAGGGCAUGGGCGAACACUCACAGGGCCCCGCCGUGCCACGCAGGCCUGGAGGAAGCCCACGGGCUGGGAAGGGUCUCUGGGGGCCCCCAGAACACACACACACGAGGGGAAAUGUCUGAGUCCCGCUGAGUCCCCUCCCUGGCUCCUGCCUGAGCAAAGGGAGCAAGGAGCGGCGAGUGACGCAGCUGCAGCCGCCCGACGGAGCGUCCCCGCGGAGGGAGGAGCCUGCGCGCUGGUCCCGGGGCUGGCUGACAGCGGCGCGAGGGCGAGCGUGGGGCUGGCACCCCGGGACAGCCGGCGGGGAUGAGCCGGCUCCCACGUCAGCUUCUGGGAAGGAGUGAAGGAGUUCCAGUUCGGGCUCGUUAGAAAGCUGGAGCGACGCCAGCACCCGGGUUCAGGGGAGGCCAAAGAGCAGGACCAUGAAGCCGGAGGAGUCACCAGCCCCAGCAACCGCACCCAGGCACGUGGCAGAGGCACCGAGCUGACGGGCCCAUUUGGCUCAGGAGCUUUGCCAUCACAUCUCCCCUGCCCUUCUGAGCAAACAUCCCCUCCCUGAGGUCUGGGGUGCUCCUAGGCCAGCGCAGCCACCCGCCUGCUCACAGCUUUGGCCCCUCCACCGCUGAGCUGCAGGCUGCUGAUGGUGGCAGAGCCCCGGUGGCGGCAGCGCAGAGCCUGUGAGGAACCAGACCAAGCCCUGGGGGCUAAAGACCAUGCCAGACACCAGAGACACUGGGGUGGAUGCAGCCCCCUUUGUAAGUAUCUGUAUGCUGCCUGUAUCAUAUGGAGCCCGUUGGUGUGGAGGGAUGGGACGGGAGCAGGGGCUUAGUGCUGGGUUAAAUAAAGCCUGU